AUGGAGUCUGCGCUAGUUUCCCUCUGCUAGCAAGCAAAUAUUUCAGAGUUUUUUUUUUAAUUUUUAAAACUUAUGCUUAAGUACAAAUUAGCCUAAUUUUAACAGAAUUAUUUAAAUAAUACAUAAUGAUCUGUAAUAUUUUUUAUAUAAUAUUAGAAGGAAUUCUCCAAAAAAAUCUAGGAUCUUUUAAUAAGUUUACCUGAGGAAGUAAGAUUGAUCCAAGAUAUGUGGCAAGUCCCAUAUAUCUGCCAAUUCGUCAAAAUUUUCCACGGGUCUCUCAACAUGGACUUAAUAACCCCAGAAGAACUUGAACAAGCCCUUCUGUCACCCCAUCAAAGUUCGCUGUGCGCUGAGCUCAUCACAAAGCUGCUUUUAAAAAAAAGCACAACAAGGCGUGAACUCCCUCAUGGCGAAGGCUAUGCUUUUGAUAAGUGGCAUGAUAUGCUAUGCAAACAAAUAACUAUUUGGCACCGCAUCUAUCAGAAAUGGGAAAAAUUAUACCAGCUCAGAUUGAUCUAUUUAAUAACUAUAAUAAAUAAACCGUUAUAGUAUUGAAUAGUAUACAAAGUUUUGAUAAAUUUAAUGCUACUAAUAGACUUGCGGUCAAACUGUUUCAAGAAUUAGGAGGAAAUCCCUUCCUUCUCCCUAAAUUGUCUUCUAAAAAAAAUGAAGAGCCUCAGCAGCUGCUUCCUCCACCUACUUCUGCCACUACAAGAGUCAGGGAAACAAGGUCACAAACCAAUUCAUUGCCACGAGCCAGAAAGCCGAGAUAUGCGGACGAAUUUUUUGAAAAUUCUUCAGAUUUUGAAGAGGAAGAAGAAAGAUAUAAACUCCCCCAUAUGAACGAACAAAACUAUUGGAAAAAUCCCUAUUUUUUGCCCAAAAACCCACCCUCUGCGAGCAAAAUAAAUUUUUUUAUGAUCAAAAUAUUUUAGAGAAAUUAUUAGAAUAACUAAUUCUGUUGAAUUUUUAAAUACAAGCAUUUGAAACAUAAUAUUGAUUCUCAAUUUUUGCGAAUUUUUUAUUUUUGAAAAAAAUUUACCUUCUCCAUGAACAAAACUUUUUGUUCGCUCAUGGAGGGGGAGUAAGCACCUUGGAGAAAUAUCAGAGCAACAAAGGGUGGUGGUCAUUUAUGGCUGUAUGCUAUUAAUUGCGCAUUUUUCUCUUCAGAUAUAAGCUCAAAACAAUUUAUUUAAAAUUUUUGAUAGAUAUUUUCUCGGCAAAACCAUUCCAUGAAAAAGUCUACCAAAUGAAAUGCUGACUAUCAAAAAUGCAGACUAAAAAUCAUGAGCCGAUCAUUUAUGUCUUUUGACUAUAAAAAUAACGAAAAUAGCAUAUAAAUAUUUUAUAAAAUAAAUAAACUGAAAAAGUAUAUUACCUGUGUGUGCUAAAACUUGAUACUGAAGAAGAGCUUCUGCAUGAAUUAAACUAUGUCCCAAUAGAACAGCAGAGAGUUCAGCCUAUUGGAAAAGAUAACUCAGGAGCUGCUUAUUUUUAUUUUAAUAAUACUGAUUGCAGGAUAUACAAACAGCAAAACGAAAAGUUUUCACUGAUUGCGAAAACUAUUGACCAGGUAAAAGAGCUGAUUUUGAGGCUUCAAGCAAAUGGAGCUUAUGAGUUCAGUAGAUUGUUGACGUCAAUGAUGGACGAUUUUACAAGAAAUGAGCAAGAAAGGACAAGAAAAAUGCUCGCAAAUAUUAAAAAAGUCCAUUCAACACCUGGUUUGUUUUUUUUAUAAAAAUUUUUUAUUAUAAAAUAAUUUCUCACAAUUAAUAAAAAUAAAUCCAACACCUGGAAGGAAAAAAUACACAGAAAAUGAAUACGAUGAUAGCGAUUUUUCACCAGUUGAAGACGACAUGCCGAGAAAACGAGGUCCCGGCAGACCCAGAAAAAUUCCUCUCCCUGAGCGAAAGCCAAAAGUAAUGCCAGAGACCUCAGGAAAUGACUUAAAGCUAGAAGGGGUUAUAAAAUAUGUAUCAACAGCCAAUGAGACCGUGCAUAGUUUUUCAGGCUUUUGGCAGGUAAAAGACAAAACUCCACAAGAAUUCAGAUACUUAAAAACACAGCCAGGAGGCCCAUCAGGUCUUUAUUCAGGAUAUUGGAGGUUUUAUGAUAUUCUUUAAAUUAUUGAAUAUUUAAUAAGAAAAUUUAUGCAGAAAAUUCAGCUAAAAUAGGCAUAAAAACAUUGAGGAAAACCUCGACCUAAAAUUUGACAAUAAAUCUGUAAAAGGAUGCGGAGAAAAUGUCUUUGGGAUGUUCCAAGUAUACGGAGAAUGGAAAAAAUCUGACGAAAAAGAAAUUCUAGGCGAGACUACAUUGGGGCAGCUCAAACUUGAAAGAAAUUAUCUGAAAUUUGAACCUUCAGAUGAAAGCAGCUGCAGUGAGGCUGAGCUAGAAGUACUUGAUGCCGUCAAGCCACCACACAGGCUGGAAUUUGAAGAAAAAGUUCACUUAGAGCAUAUGAGGAUGCCUCUUAAGUCUGUUCAAGAGCUGAAAAAGUCACUUAAAGCUCAAGAAAAGAGAGAGCUUCGGCGUGUUCCAUUUUUUAAAUCAGAUUAUCUUACACACCCCUUUAAAUUCGAAAUAAAAACUUAUCUAAUUUAAAAUUUGAUAUUUUAGAAGCAAAAGUUAAUAUAGAAUUUGUUUCAAAAAAUAUAUAAAAACUAAUUUUUAUAUAAAUUUUAUUAAUUGCUCCUUUAAAAUAGGAAAAUUUCAUUUUUUAGAGUUAUUAAAUUGGUAUAAAGUAUUUUCAAAAAUAAUUUAAAAAAUAUUUUGCAAAAUUUUAGAGAUAUUUAUUCUAAUUUAAAGGGAAGGAGUUAGUUAA